AUGGACGCAGCUGGACGCACAGACUGUGCGCACCCAAUCAUCCAUCUAUCCAUCCAUCCAGCUGCGCACCCGCAGCGCGGUCACAUCCGCAGAGCGGAACAGCUGGACAGGGUGAUGCGCUCAUAAUUAACUCCAUCUCUUCUCUGUUUGUUCCUCGUCGUCAAACCUUCUGCCCGUCUGCCACGAUUCCCUCCCCGCGCGGCUCAGCGGGUAGUCUGCCGUCCAUCAGUCCACGAACCGCGCGGAGAAAGUGGACGCAGGUGUUUCUGGUGAACGCUGUCGCGAUGGUUCUGCUGGCUGUGGCCGUGGCCGUGCCCUUACUGCUGCUCCGCACUUCGCAGACCUCCGCUCAUUACUACGAGAUGAUGGGCACCUGUCGGAUGAUCUGCGACCCGUAUAAUCCCAAACCGGGAGGCGCAACCGCCAUGGAGGUGAUCCAGAACGUUAACGGCGUCGCUCCGCUGCCGCCGAUGUCGCAGGGGAGCCGCGGCGAGCCUGGACGCCCGGGUAAACCUGGACCAAGAGGCCCGCCGGGGGAACCGGGACCACCAGGACCGAGGGGCCCGCCGGGAGAACGCGGCAACAAACUCUCCUACCCCGCGUUAGCCGGAGAGAUGGGCGCUGACAACAGCGAACCCGACGGUUCGAACUCAUCGAGCAGCAGCUUCAGAAUAGCGUUUUACGUCGGCUUGAAGAAUCCGCAUGAGGGAUAUGAGGUGCUGAAGUUUGACGACGUUAUAACAAACUUGGGGAAUUACUACGACCCGAGCACGGGGAAGUUUACGUGCCAUGUGUCCGGGAUCUAUUUCUUCACGUACCAUGUGUUGAUGCGAGGAGGAGACGGAACCAGCAUGUGGGCCGACCUGUGCAAAAACGGGCAGGUGCGUGCCAGUGCCAUAGCCCAAGACGCAGACCAGAAUUACGACUAUGCCAGCAACAGUGCCGUGCUGCACUUGGACUCUGGAGACGAGGUCUAUGUCAAACUGGAUGGGGGCAAAGCUCACGGAGGCAACAACAACAAAUACAGCACCUUCUCUGGCUUUAUCUUAUACCCAGAUUAAAGCUGGCAGCCGUUCACGGACAGCAAUUAACACUGAAAAGCAUUUCCACUGGAGUUCAGUUUUCUUGAUUUCUGAAAUAGGUGCCAAAAGUCACAGGCCAACCUCAAAACUGCUAUUUCUCAAGUAUAAUGAUUUGUUUUCACUUUUGCUUAAAGUGAAGGAUGGUGCCACCUGUGAAUAUGUAUAUUCUAG